AUGAGUCAGAAAAUCUUCAUCACAGGUGUUACAGGCUUUAUUGGUGGAGACGUCCUGUACGGCCUUACUAAGGCACUGGCAGCUUCUAGCAUCGUUGCUCUUGUACGAAACAAGUCCCAGGCGGCUGUCGUUACAGGAAAGUUUCCUACAGUGACUCCGCUCAUUGGAGACUUGGACUCCAGCGCAGAGAUCCAACAAGCGGCUUCCAAAGCUGAUGUGGUGCUUCAUCUGGCAAGCUCCAGUCAUGUGCCCAGUGCUAAGGCUAUCACCGAAGGCCUGGCUAAGAACGAGCGUGAGAACCCGACGUGGAUCCAGAUCUCCGGCGCGAGUUUCCUGGCCGGUGCGGAAGUAAAGGCAAAGAACUUCGGCCAGCCCGGAGCCAAGAUCUACAACGAUUUGCACGGUAUUCAGGAAAUUCACAACAUUCUCGAUGCUUCUCCCCAGCGUGCCGUGGACCAUCUUCUCCGCGGCAUGCAUCCUAUUAACUCUCGUGUGAGGACGGCCAUGGUCUACGGGCCACUCAUUUACGGCAAGGGCCGAGGGCCAGUGAAUCAGCGGAGUAUCCAAAUUCCCGACCUCGCCAAGGCAACUCUGCAACAUGGACACGGCCUCCAUCUAGGCCGCGGUUUAAACGCCUGGAAUACUAUUCACAUUUCAGAUUUGACGGCACUAAUUGUGAAAUUGGUUGUGGAAUCCUCGCGAACCUCAAACCCGGAGUUGUGGAAUGAAAAUGGUGUUUUCUUCGCUGAGUCUGGGAAGAUGACUUUUGGAGAUAUCGGCAGAAGAAUCGCUACUGUCGCCCACUCUCAAGGUUUCAUUAGGACGCCCGAGGCGGUUGAGAUUGAUGCGGCCGCUGCUGACAGACUCACUCCUCAUGGAUCGGUGAUUUGGGGUACGAAUGCUCAAUACCAAGCUAUUCGGGCGCGGGAGAUUCUAAAGUGGUUGCCUCAAGGACCCUCGGUCGAAGAAGAAAUCGAGCGAGUCGUCUUCUCCGAGGCGUCACGGAGUUUCUCACGACCGACGGAGAAGCUCGCUUGA